UUUCGCUGCCCAAUUUCGAACCCCACGCCAUUGUUCCAUCAGGUUCUGCUUUUCACACAUCUUAAAAUUCGAAAGCUCUGUUUUUUUUCUUCUUCUUUUUGGGAGAAAGGGUAGCGCCGAUGGAGGAAGCAGGGCCGUCGUCGGCCGGAAAUUUUGACGAGCAACGGCGAGAGCAGCCGGCGGAGGAGGCGAGUGGGAAGCAGAGUGAUGCUUCCGAGGCCGGAGAAUACGAUGCUGAUGAUAAAGAUGGUUUCACUCCUGGGCCUCUGCUUUCACUCAAGGAACAGAUUGACAAGGAUAAGGAUGAUGAAAGCUUGAGGAGGUGGAAAGAAAAGUUGCUUGGUUGCUUAGAAAGUGAUCUGAGUGAACAAAUGGAACCUGAAGUCAAAUUUCACUCCAUUGGAAUUAUUUCUGAUGAGUCUGGGGAAAUCAAUACUCCAUUGCCUGUUAACGAAAAUCAAAGUCGUCGUGUUCUUUUCACUCUUCGAGAAGGAUCUCGGUACCAACUUCGGUUGACAUUUACUGUCAUGCAUAACAUCGUCUCGGGCCUGACCUACUCCAAUAAAGUCUGGAGAGGAGGAUUGCUAGUUGAUCGGACACAAGGAAUGUUAGGUACUUUUGCUCCUCAGCGGGAACCAUAUGUCGAAACCUUGGAGGAGGAGACCACUCCAUCUGGUGUUCUUUCAAGGGGAAUUUACUUGGCAAAGCUGAAGUUCGAAGAUGACGACAAACGGUGUUACAUGGAACUCGAAUAUUCCUUUGAGAUCAAAAGGAGCAGUUAGCUCGGUUCACUUCACAUCGAGUCGAUGCACGUCUUCUCCCUUUGCUAGGACCAUUCCUCCCUUUUCUUUCUUAAUUGUUUUCGUUCAUUGAACUAUGUCAUCAUCUUUUUUCCCCUCUUCCUUUUUUAAUCCACAGUUGGAAUUGUGCAAUUGGUUUUUGGAUUUUCAUAUUUAUUCUUGUACUUCCAAAAACCUCCCUCAGAAACCAAAUUUUGAAUCUUGAAAGCUAGGAAAUUGUUUUGGAGAUGGAAAAGUGAAACAUUCAUAACCUA